GCGGCGGCGGCGACCAACGCGCCGGGCACCAGCACCAGCAUCACCAGCCCAUCUGCAAGAUCUGCUUCCAGGGCGCGGAGCAGGGAGAGCUAUUAAAUCCCUGCCGAUGUGAUGGGUCAGUUCGGUACACACACCAACUGUGCCUGCUCAAGUGGAUCAGUGAGAGAGGCUCCUGGACCUGCGAGCUCUGCUGUUAUAGAUACCACGUGAUAGCCAUUAAGAUGAAACAACCUUGCCAGUGGCAAAGCAUUUCUAUAACACUGGUUGAGAAAGUUCAGAUGAUUGCUGUAAUCCUAGGAUCCCUGUUCUUAAUAGCGAGUGUGACGUGGCUCCUCUGGUCAGCCUUCAGCCCUUAUGCAGUGUGGCAGAGGAAGGACAUCCUUUUUCAGAUCUGCUAUGGAAUGUAUGGUUUUAUGGAUCUAGUGUGCAUAGGUCUCAUUGUCCAUGAAGGAGCUGCAGUUUACAGAGUGUUUAAACGCUGGAGAGCUGUGAAUUUGCACUGGGAUGUGUUAAAUUAUGACAAAGCCACAGACAUUGAAGAGAGCAGCCGGGGAGAGUCUUCCACGAGUAGGACUUUAUGGUUGCCACUGACGGCUCUGCGGAGCAGAAACUUGGUCCACCCAACGCAGCUCACCUCGCCAAGGUUCCAGUGUGGCUACGUGCUCUUGCAUCUCUUCAACCGGAUGAGGCCCCAGGAGGAUUUGUCAGAAGAUAACAGCUCGGGAGAGGUUGUGAUGAGAGUGACUUCAGUGUGACAAACACAUUUGAUGAUGCAGUGCGGACCACCCUGCACAUUUCGGAAUGUAAUUGCAAUGAAUGGAGAAACCAUAGCACUUCUAAAAAAAAACACUCAUCUAUGAACUUUUUAAAAUUUAUGCUUUUUAUAUGAACAUUUGAAUUGCAAAUACAUUUUUCUGAAAAAAAAAAAGAGAGUCUUCUUGUUCUUUGUUUUCUGAUUUGUCACAUCUUUUAUAAGUUAGUACUUGAAAUCAUUAUACAUAUAAUUUAACUCUAUUGGGUUAAAAGAAUGAUGAAAGUUAUCCUUAAGUCAAAACUAUUUUUUCUUGCUUCUUUUAAAUAUAUUUUUACCAAAUUUCCUGCUGCACGUGUAAUUUUUCUGACACAGUACGAAUGGGGAAGCGGUUUAGAGUGCUGUGGGAAGACUCCCAAGUGCCCAUCGAGGGUACAGAACAGGCGCUGCUGUGGCACUCAGGGCUGGGGCUACUUGUGCCUCGUGCUGUUGGCAGGAUUCAGUGUGGCUUUUCAAUAUGAUGAAAAACAACUGGUCGCCAGCAAUGCAAGUUCUAGGAACGGCACAGAGAGCAUCUCAAAGAAUAAAUAGGAGCAAAAUAAUGUGGUUUUAUUCCAGUUCAUAUUAAACGGCGAGGCUGACUAAUUCCAGUUCUCAAAGCUCCCCAGAACAUUGCACCAUAUACGUGUUAUAAUAAUACUAACUCAAAGAUAAUGCUGCCUCACAUUGGCACAGACCGUUAAUAGACCCAUCACAGUUAGUUCCAUUAAUUAGUGUCUUGAAUUAUCUGAGCACCGUCUUAAUUAGAUUUUUCCUUUUGAAAAACCGUAUGUAUCUUCCUAAUCAUUUAAAUAUAUUCCUAUUACUUGGUCUAAUGAAGUCCUAAAAAGUAUGUUUGCCAGCUGUGAGAAGUCUUUCUCUAGAUGACUCAAUCAGUAUUUUUUAAAAUGAAAAAGAGGAAAAGAUAAAUGCAGCUAUUGACUCCCCAGGAACAGGUUACUAACUAGUGGUACCUGGGACUUUUCCACCUUUGGAUCUCCUAUUGGAGGUAAUUGUCACAUUUUAAUGGGUAGCCACAAGAGAUGAGAGGGCAGAUGGGCAUACUUCCCUCAGAAACAUGAGUUGAACAUGCUGGCUGUUUGAAGCAAUUAAUUAGAUUUUAAAAUAUAUGAAAUAUAGGUGAUGUACCCUAAUGCUUUAUGUUCUAUUUAUGUUGACAAUAGAAUAGGUAGAAUUGUGAUUCCCACAUAGGAAAUUCUCCCACUUCUUAAAAACAUAUUUUUCCAGUUGAAAAUCUUUGUCAGAGAGGAGAAGGUAUGAAAAUUUGCAGAAAAGUGAAGAAUGAAUCACAAAGUCAUGAAAGAAUGAAAAUCCAACAUUAGUUAGAGACACAUCUAGAUCCAGAGGGUGAGCAUGUUGAGCAUUCCGUUGCCAAACUGUGAGGGUCUUGCUUGUUUUAAGCUGAUGUUAAAUGAGUACAGUCCUGGUGGCUUCCCGGAUGGUUUAAUCAUUAAGGCAAGUCAUAACAGCUCAUCAUCUAAUGGAGAAUAAUUCUAGCUACUACUGAGAGUACAAUAUAGAGCAUUGUUUUAAAAACGCAGGUCUAAGAGGUUGGGGUUAUGGCUCAGUGAUAGAGCACUUGCCACGCAUAUGUGAGGCACUGGCUUCAAUUCUUAGCACCACAUAUAAAUAAAUGAAUAAAAUAAAUAUUAAACAAUAUUAAAACACUGGACUAAGACUUUAGACACAAGUGCUACAGCAUGUUACUAUUCUGCCUUUGAAUUAGUGUGCACCUUUGUAUCCACAUCAACUUACUUGAAAACAAGAAGGGGCAGAGGAUGAGAAUCCCUCUCUGCUGCAUUGAAUGGGGUUUAAGGUGGAGACCUCUGGAUAUGAGAGCUCCUAAUAGAAAGGACAACUGAAUGGAAGCCUCCUUCCAUCCAAGGACUUUGCCCUUUGGGUUUACCUUCUGUCUGUAACCUGUAUACCCACUCACUGUCUCCAUGGCUCCUACCUCCUAUAACACAAACACAUGCAUACCAGCACACAAUUCAAAUCAACACUGGAAGAAGAAUCUAGCAGAAUUUCCACUCAAAAAAAAAGGGCCAUUCCUGAAAAGAUUGCAUAAAAAUUCAA